AUGUCUGUGCCGCGGCUCUGGUCUACUGAUGCCAACGUUCCACACAGGUCCAGCUGGGAGCUGCCAGAUCUGGAGAAGGGUAAAAUCCCUGCAAUAAGCGUUUCUGGUGGAGUAAACUAUCCCUGGAAUGGAAACACCACAGAGACAUGCACUAUCAUUGGCCCAACCAAACAAGAUACCAAAUUCACUGUUAGUAUGAAUGAUAAUUUUUACCCGAGUGUGACAUGGGCAGUACCGGUGGGUACAGGCAAUUUGCCCCAGCUGACAGGUAUUCACAGGGACCAAAGCUUUACCACCUGGCUUGUGGCUAUUAACAUGGCUAGUAAUGACAUUAUUAUCUUGCACACCAUCAAAUGGAGGAUGAAAUUGGAAAUUGAUAUUGACCCCACUAUGCCACUAGGACGGAGAUCCAAAUUAAAGAAACCAUAUGCCCAAGAGCAGCCAGUGGUUCUAAACAAGAAUGAACCAAUACCUCCAAGCGCACUCGUAAAACCUAAUGCCAACGAUGCCCAGGUGCUGAUGUGGAGGCCUAAAAAUCAAAAGCCAGUUGUGGUGAUCCCACCCAAACGUCGACGAGCUACACAAUGCUGCUAAUAAACAACAAGAGAACCAAAAAUCUCGUAUGCUGUUCUUGCUUUAUUCAAAUUGCGGGUAACACUGUGUUAUUUUACCUACAGGGUCAAAGAGGCUUCUCCCACCGACAAACGUUUGAUGUAAAUCCAGCAUUU